AUGCUGAACCCCCUCAAUUGGACGCCGGCAAACCUAAAGGCUCAAGCCCUCGGCUCAGAAGCCAACCCCCUUAACCCCUUGGGCUUGAGUCCUUCGGACUUUAUGCCUUCGGGGGUCGGCAGGAAGGCCGAUGUCGGAGAUUCGUUCCGAAGAGAUGGCGCGACUGGCAGAACGCGUCCGGGAAGUGCCCAUCGCGGCGAAGCUGCCGCAGCUGCUGGGACUGCGACCGCAGAGACUGCGUCCGCGGAGACUGCGACCGCGGAGACUGCGACCGCGGAUGACACUGCGACGGCAGAGGGCCGGCACCGGGCACGGGACGGCUCGGUCAUGCGGGACGGGUCGCCCGUGCGACGGUACCCUGGGGGCUCAAGGUACCACGCUGGACCAGCGUUGGCGUACACGGGUGACGUGCUUACGGCCACUGGCAACCGGAUGGAGGUGGCUCAACAUGACUGGUACCACCACGGGUUCCAGCCCGUAGGCCACUGGUUGGGGCAGUACGCGUACUCGCCGCCGGUAGUGUUUCCGGACAUAAUUUCAUACGACUUUUCUUACUACCCAUAUGCCCACCAGAAUGACUAUGUCCAACGGGGACGCCAAGCCAACUCGGGUGGACCCCCGGUCUGGAAUGUGGAGGCCGCCCUCGGCUACCGAGAUUACUUACAGAGACUACAGGGCACGAAACCGCGAACAGGCUACGGAUCGAUGCCCGAGACAGGAAUAUAUAGCCACAUUGUUAGGGGGGCAACUGCGUACCUAAACACUCCCAACCGACCAAUGGAAACUAACCCUCCAAUAAUCAAUCCGUCGACCCGGAAUGGGCGGUCAACCCUUCAAUGA